AUGCCAAUUACUCCGGAAGAAAAGUCAGCUGACAGUGAUGAUGAUGAUGACAAUAAUAAUCAAGACGAAGAAAACUUAACAGAAAAUUCAGCUAAUGAAGAAAGAGAAGAUUUGGUAAACAAAAAUGAUAACGAAAAUAAACCAAUAACAGAAGAAGAUGAAGAAUAUUGGAAUUCAAUUAUAAAUCACCAACCUAUUUAG